AUGUCGACCCCGCCUAGAGAAACUAUUCAAAAACAAAUCCAACAAGACUGGGCGAACAGAGAAUACAUUGAAGUAAUAACUGGCAGCAUAAAGAAGAUCACAGAUUUCUUGAACUCAUUUGAUAUGUCCUGCAGAUCUCGUCUUGCCACACUAAAUGAAAAACUAACAUCAUUGGAGAGAAAAAUUGAUUAUUUGGAAGCUUGUGUAACCAAAGGAGAAACACUCACAUAG